AUGUGCCUCACCCCAGGCGCGGGCCUGCGGCUCUCCGGCGGGAGGAACGGCUGUGAGGGCCGCGUGGAGGUGUACCACAGCAGCAGCUGGGGGACGGUGUGUGAUGACUGGUGGGACGUGAGAGAUGCCCAGGUGGUGUGCCGGCAGCUGGGCUGCGGCCAGGCCAUCAGUGCCCCGGGCAACGCGCACUUCGGCCCCGGCUCUGGGCCCAUCUUCCUGGACAACUUGCUGUGCAGUGGGCACGAGCCCUUCCUCCAGAUGUGUGAGCACAAUGGCUGGGGUGUGCACAACUGCUGGCAUAUGGAGGACGCCAGUGUCAUCUGUGCAGGAUUCGCUGAGCUGCUGCCAAAGGGCGCGGGCCUGCGGCUCUCCGGCGGGAGGAACGGCUGUGAGGGCCGCGUGGAGGUGUACCACAGCAGCAGCUGGGGGACGGUGUGUGAUGACUGGUGGGACGUGAGAGAUGCCCAGGUGGUGUGCCGGCAGCUGGGCUGCGGCCAGGCCAUCAGUGCCCCGGGCAACGCGCACUUCGGCCCCGGCUCUGGGCCCAUCUUCCUGGACAACUUGCUGUGCAGUGGGCACGAGCCCUUCCUCCAGAUGUGUGAGCACAAUGGCUGGGGUGUGCACAACUGCUGGCAUAUGGAGGACGCCAGUGUCAUCUGUGCAGGCGCGGGCCUGCGGCUCUCCGGCGGGAGGAACGGCUGUGAGGGCCGCGUGGAGGUGUACCACAGCAGCAGCUGGGGGACGGUGUGUGAUGACUGGUGGGACGUGAGAGAUGCCCAGGUGGUGUGCCGGCAGCUGGGCUGCGGCCAGGCCAUCAGUGCCCCGGGCAACGCGCACUUCGGCCCCGGCUCCGGGCCCAUCUUCCUGGACAACUUGCUGUGCAGUGGGCACGAGCCCUUCCUCCAGAUGUGUGAGCACAAUGGCUGGGGUGUGCACAACUGCUGGCAUAUGGAGGAUGCCAGUGUCAUCUGUGCAGCUCCUCAGGACACCUCAACACCUCCACCAGCACCCUAUUUUUGUGGUGGCUCAAUCUCAGAUUCCUCUGGGAUGCUGCAGAGUCCAUUCUACCCUGGAAGUUAUCCAAACAAUGCUGACUGUGUGUGGGAAAUACAAGUAGAGAAUAAUUUCCGUGUUAUGCUCACAUUUAGAGAUAUUGCGUUGCAAAGCGGCAAUUGCCAGUAUGACUACAUUGAAGUCUAUGACGGGCCGCCACACUCUUCCCAGCUUCUUGGGAGACUUUGUUCUGGUUCCUUUCCCACGUACACAUCCUCUUCAAACAUGAUGACGGUUUGCUUCCACAGCGAUUCUAGAUACACCUUCAGAGGGUUUCAGGCUCACUACUCCUCCGUUCCAGCAGAUCACAACACUAGCCUCCUGUGCUUGCCAGACUACAUGCAUGCAGUGAUUAGCAAAGACUAUCUCCAGUUUCAAGGCUACUCAGCGCAGAUGGUCACCCUGAAUGACAGCCACUGUAAACCAACAGUCACAUCACACGAGGUUAUAUUCAACAUACCCUACAACGGCUGUGGGACGAUACGAGAGGAGAAUGCUGAUACAAUCAACUAUUCCAACAUGAUCAAAGUUACAUCUUCUGGGCACAUAAUCAAGAGGAAAAGGAAUAUUCACUUACAUAUCAGUUGCAAAAUGCUACAGAACACAUGGGUGCAAAUAAUGUAUGUUGCUGAGGAUACUAUAGACAUUAAUGAAAAUCAGUUUGGAAGAUAUGAUGUGAACAUCACUUUUUAUGAUUCCUCGUCAUUCCUGAGGCAAGUGCACGACUCUCCAUACUACAUCGACCUGAACCAAAAUGUGUACCUUCAAGCUUAUCUUCACAGCUCUGACCCAAAUCUGAUCGUGUUUGUGGACACAUGUGUGGCAUCACCUGAUCCUCAUGAUUUUAACACUCUGGCCUAUGAUAUAAUCAGGAAUGGAUGUGCUAGAGAUUCUUCCUAUACCACGUACUACUCCCCCUAUAGCCACUUUGCUCGGUUCAAAUUUAAUGCCUUUGAGUUCAUUAGCCGCCAUACAUUAGUCUACCUGCAGUGUGAGCUGGUGGUAUGCAGAUUCGGUGACUAUUCCUCCCACUGCUACCAGGGCUGUAUUAAUAGGUCCAAGAGAGAUACAAGUUCUACUGAAGAAAAAGUGAAAGUGUCUAUUGGACCUCUUCAGCUUCGAGAAGACGUUAUGUCUUCUGCUUCCACUGUUGUCACAGAGGAAAAUGGCACAUCUGCUCCCGAAAUUCCAACCACAGUUCAUCAAGCAGAUACCUCCGCUCUGUCCCUGCGACUGGCAGGCGGUGACAGCCGGUGCUCCGGCCGCAUAGAACUCCAUUACAAUGGCAGCUGGGGGAUGGUCUGCAACGCCACCUGGGAGCUGGAGGACGCCAAGUUGUUGUGCAGGAGGCUGGGGUGUGGAAAAGCUCUGCUAGCUGUGUCCAAAGCCCAGUUCGGUCCAGGCUCUGGGAACAUCGUCCUUGAUGAUGUGCGGUGCAGAGGGGAUGAAGACAGCCUGCGGACGUGCUCCCACAGAGGCAUCACUGUCCACAACUGCCAGCAUAAAGAGGAAUAA